GUGCGCCUCUGCAGGGAGCGGGGGCCGAGAGAGGUCAUUGGACGGCUGUCAACUAAAAGUAUUACUGGCUGUUUGGCUGUUGGGGUUUAACAGUUCGGUCCUUCUCUGUUUUGUUGUAGAUUUCUUUUUGUUUGAUCAACUUAACAUCCCUGAACAGUUAAAAUGUUGGUGGAUUUUGAGAAGCUUCGGAUGACAGGCGCUGGUAAAGCCAUCGCCGUUUUGACAAGUGGAGGAGAUGCGCAAGGUAUGAAUGCAGCUGUGCGCGCUGUUACUCGGAUGGGCAUAUAUGUAGGAGCCAAAGUCUAUCUGAUCUAUGAGGGCUACCAAGGACUUGUGGAUGGAGGGGACAACAUCAAACCUGCCAACUGGCAAAGUGUGACAAACAUAAUUCAGCUGGGAGGUACUGUGAUUGGCAGCGCCCGCUGCAUGGCAUUCAACACCCUGGAAGGGCGUCUGGCAGCGGCCUUCCACCUGGUCCAGCGCGGCAUCACCAACCUGUGUGUGUGCGGCGGUGACGGCAGCCUCACAGGGGCCAACAUCUUCCGCACCGAGUGGAGUGACCUGCUGGCACAGCUGGUCAAGGAGGGGAGAAUCACUGACUCCAUGGCCCAACAGUUCGCGCACCUGAACAUUGUGGGUCUGGUCGGUUCUAUUGACAAUGAUUUCUGUGGGACGGACAUGACCAUCGGUGCCGACUCAGCCCUGCACAGAAUCAUGGAGAUUAUUGAUGCCAUCACCACCACUGCACAAAGCCAUCAGCGUACAUUCAUUCUGGAAGUGAUGGGUCGUCACUGUGGGUACCUGGCGCUGGUCUCAGCUCUGGCCGCGGGGGCUGACUGGCUCUUCAUCCCUGAGGCACCACCUGAGGAUGGCUGGGAGGACCACAUGUGUGUGCGCCUGGGAGAGAUUCGCAGUAAAGGAUCCAGGCUCAACAUAGUGAUCAUGGCAGAGGGGGCUAUUGAUAAAGAUGGCCAGCUCAUCUCCUCUGACUAUGUGAAAGAUUUGGUGGAGAAGAGGCUGGGGUUCGACACACGGGUGACGGUUCUAGGACAUGUGCAGAGGGGGGGCACACCCUCUGCUUUUGACAGGGUGCUGAGCAGUAAGAUGGGAGUGGAGGCCGUUGUGGCACUCCUGGAGGCCACCCCUGAGACUCCCGCCUGUGUGAUUGGCCUAUCGGGGAACCACGCCAUGCGCCUGCCCCUCAUGGAGUGUGUCAACAUGACAAAGGAAGUACAGAAUGCCAUGAAUGAGAAACGCUUUGAUGAGGCAAUUCAGCUACGGGGGAAGAGCUUUGAAAACAACUGGAACACAUACAGGCUUUUGGCCCACCAGAAACCUGCACAGUCUAAAAGUAAUUUCUCAAUGGCCAUCUUGAAUGUGGGCGCGCCAGCAGCAGGCAUGAAUGCCGCGGUGCGCUCAGCGGUUAGGGUCGGCCUCGCCCAGGGACAUUGCGUCUACAUGGUCUACGAUGGAUUUGAGGGGCUCGCAGAAGACGCGGUGAAAGAGGUGCACUGGCAUGAUGUAGCUGGUUGGACAGGCCAGGGAGGAUCACUGCUGGGGACCAAACGAACACUCCCUAACUCCUGUAUGGAGAAAUUUGUUGAAAACAUUUGCAAGUAUGGCAUUCAAUCCCUGGUCGUCAUUGGAGGAUUUGAGGCCUAUGAGGGUGUCCUGCAGCUGGUUGAGGCACGCAGUCGCUAUGACGAACUCUGCAUCCCUAUGUGUGUGAUCCCCGCCACCAUCAGCAACAACGUCCCCGGCACUGACUUCAGCCUCGGCGCUGACACCGCUGUCAACGCUGCCAUGGAGAGCUGUGACAAAAUAAAGCAGUCUGCCACUGGAACCAAACGCAGAGUCUUCAUCGUAGAGACUAUGGGAGGAUACUGUGGUUACCUGGCAACCACCACAGGCAUCGCUGUGGGAGCUGAUGCAGCUUAUAUUUACGAGGAGCCAUUUAACAUCCACGACCUAAAAAUGAAUGUGGAGCACCUUACAGACAAGAUGAAGAAUGACAUUCAGAGGGGCUUGGUACUGAGGAAUGAGAAGUGCAAUGGACACUACACCACAGACUUCAUCUACAACCUUUAUUCCGCUGAGGGAAUGGGUGUCUUUGAUUGUAGGGUCAAUGUGCUCGGACAUCUACAGCAGGGUGGCGCUCCUACUCCCUUUGAUAGAAAUUUUGGCACCAAACUUGGUGUGAAGUCUGUCCUAUGGCUUACAGAGAAGAUGAGGGACACCCACAGGCAGGGCCGCGUGUUUGCAAAUGGUGCUGACUCGGCUUGUGUGAUUGGCAUGAACAGGAAGGUGUUGUCCUUCAGUCCUGUAACUGAACUGAAGAGCCACACUGACUUUGAGCAUAGAAUGCCUAAGGAGCAGUGGUGGCUGAACCUGCGUUUGAUGCUGAAGAUGCUGGCCAAGUACCAGACCAACUUUGAUGAAUAUGUCACUGGGGAGAUGGAACAUGUGACACGACGGAGUCUAAGCCUGGAGACUGGAUUUUAGAAGUGAUGUCCAUUCCAACUCCCUUCCUCUAGAGGGUGCUAGAGUUUCUUUCUUUUUUUUUUCCAUUGCCAUCCUAAACCUGAAUGUAUUUUAGUAUUCCUCCUGACAGUCCCUUUUGCAUGAAUUUUUUUCCGAGCCUAAAACUGUCUUCUAAAUAUAACAUGUAGCAGUCUGCAUCUUCCAGUGGUGAAACUGAAUAACUUUAAAAAGCCAUUUUGACACAACACUUUGAAAUGGAGUUACUGUAUUUAGAAGCCUUGUGUUUGUACAGUAGGAGUAUUAAUUUAAUGUGCAAUGUAACUAGGUAUCACGUCAUUGGUUAAGUUCCACUGUGCCUUUGUUGUAUGUUAGUUAAUGUAAGCUUGUUACUGAGAUAUUAAGCAAUGAAAUUGCACCUGUCCUAGAUAAAUACUGCAGUUUACAACAGCUGACCUUUCAAAUAUUACUUACAGUUUACUUUUUGAUGUGGAGUCAAAACACAUCUUUGUAAAGUUUUCCAAGUUAAUAUAAUAUCCUGAAUCAGUUUUAUUUUAUUAAUAUAUUAUGUAGGAGUCUCUGAAUCACAUGUAUACCCGUUAAAUAGAGCUGUGAACUUAACGAAACAGAACAUCCUGCUUUUAUUGUUAGGGUAAUUUUUUCUCGGGACCAACAUGUCCAUCAGUCGCUCCUACGUACAUGGGAAAUAUUUCUUAUACAAGUAACGUAAAAUGAAAAACAAAUUGUUAUGUUUUGUCUCAAACUGUCAUAAAAGCAUUUAUAUGGAUCCUUUUGCUACAAGAGAGUUCACUGCACUGAUGUAUGUACUCCUGCAUCUCCUCUCCCCAUACCCCACCCUUGUUCAGGAAAUUGUUGUCUUCCUUAGUGAAUUGCACUAAUUAAAUAAUGUAUAAAAUGA